AUGUGUGCUGAGUCUUGGGGUAGAAGUAGUUAUGCUAGGGCUCUUAUUGAAGUUCAGGCGGGGGCUGAUUUUAAGAGGAGUGUUACUGUUGCAAUUCCAUCUUUAGAUGAUAGCUCGUGCCCAAAGAACCCUCAGUUUGUUUCGAAUGGGGAAGCUGAAAAGAUGAGUGAUGAUUUUCAAGUUGUGGGUUCCAAAAAGAAGAAAGCUAACAACCAAGGCCUCCACAUGAAAAAUCAGAAACCCAAUUAUCAGUCCUUAUUUAUGAAUAUUAAUAAGUUUAUUUUUGUUGUAGAAAAUAUGGCACGCAGUUCAGCAGGACGUGGUGAGGGUCAAGGUGCUGGUACGGGUCAAGGUGGUGGUCGAGGUAGCGGACGUGGUGGGGGUCAAGGUGCUGGUCAAGGUGUUAGUAGGGGUCAGUUGCAGCACGAGCUUAAUGAUGUUGAUGAGCAUGUCGCUGUUGUUGGGCGUGGACCUGUUAUUCCAGCUCCACUACGCACACCCGAAAAUCGCACUUGGAUUUGGGUUGAAAAUGAUGAAUUCAAUGAUCAUGAUAAAGUUUCUCGGACCAUUGGAUCCAACUUAAAGUCUUUGUGGUGGGUCCAUGGAAAGGAUGGAAAGAUGUUCCUUCCCAUCAUCGCGAACGCUUGUUUGAGCGUUUUCAGCAAUACUACCGAUGGGAAGAUAUUUCGAAAUCAUCAAUUCACUCAUGCUGGGAGAAGUGCAUUAAGGGGAAGUUUCUAAUUUGUUGAAGAGGGCUCGUGAUAAAGCCAAGGCCCUUGCGAUCCAAGAGGGUGCGGAAGUUGAGAACGAUUUGACUCCAAUUCCUCCAUUUAAGCCACUGUGGAUGAGUCAAGAGUCUUGGGAAACGCUAGUGCAUGCUUGGAAUACUGUUUCAUGGAUAAACAAAGCUUCUCAAAACAGCGAUAAGAGAGGAAAAGCAACGGGUGGCAGGCAUACCCUUGCCUCGAAGAGCUUUCUCACGGUUAGAAAAAACAUGGAGAAGACCUUGAAGCGGCGCGUCAAGUUCAGUGAAUUCUGGUUACAAACACACGCAAAGAAAGGGUCGAGACCCCUAGAUGGGUUGU